GCGCGCGCGCAUGUGACGCGCGAGGAUCCGGUGCACGCGACUGGUGUAACGGCGGCGGCGCUUUGAGUCUCCGCCGCACCGUAAGCACCGGCCAUAAAAGAGGACCGAGGAUCCACAGCGGACCCGCAUCAUGCCAUGCUCCCGGCGUCUCUGAUCCAUUUCCACACCUUAGUAUAAGAGAACCAUGAGCACUGUAGAGGAAGAACCGGAUCACAUGAUACCAUGAAGAGAAGCCUGCAGGUCCUGCUUAACCAGCUGCUAAGCAUUCUUCUGAUCCUGUCAGUACCAGAGAAGCUGGUAUCCUUUGCAGAGGAGCUCUCCCCUAGCUGGACACCGCGGAGCCUUGUCUCCAUGUUACAUUCACCAAACCCACCUGGCUGGUGGAAGGGGUCUAGUACUGGUGACCAGCCCACUUUCACAGGCCGCAAUGCACCAGUGUCUGCCCUGGCAUUGACCCAGUUGCUGAUGUCUCGCCUGGAUCACACUACCACAGUCAAGACUAGCUUUGGACCAAGUCCAAUGCCUAGUAUUGAAUCAAUAGACCACCCAUUCAAAACUGGGUUCCAGAACUCUGUUGAACCUUAUUCUAACAGAACCAGCAGGAUCGACAAACCUGGGAUGGUCAGUAAAAAGCAGAAGGUUUCUACACAGUCAGACUCUGGGCUUCAAAGAACUGAGCAUUCCCAACUGAGGUCCAUAAAUGAUUUGGAGCAAGUAAAGUCCACUGAUAACACCCAAGGGAUGAGUGUUGAAAAGCAAACCAACCCCAGUUACCCUUACUCUUCAAUGAUGUCAACAUGGUCAUCCAUCCCUCCUAUGACACUGGAGAAAAGCCUCAGGCAGCAUGCUCAUGCCAUCACACUGCGUGAGGCUCCUCUUAAUGAAAACCCAAAGUUCUUAGGGAGCGUGCCUGUGUCCCCGUCACAAUCGCAGCCCUCUAGUCUGUCCACCUAUUUUCCCCUCAACACUGAGCACUCGGAAAUAAAUAGUGUUACCUUCCCUACUGUGGCUGCCAGCAUUUCUGUGAACAGCAACUCAGCAAAGACAUUAGGUUUCACAAAUACACCUGCUAUCGUAACCAGUGAUGUGUUCUCCUCCCAAAGUAGUGUAACAGACACAGGCACCAGCUCCAUUAAUGGCAGUUUAGGUACAUCACUGAAUAUUCCCCCACUCAUAAAUGAUUCAAGCACCUCCGAGCUUCUAUCAAGAACAAAUUUGAGUAAACUGCCUAAUACCACACAAGACCCCUGGGGUUCAGGGAACCAAUCAGGCCCUGAUCUUGACUCAGCUGAUAACCGUGUCACCAUUUGCCUGACCAAAAUGGACAUUGUAUGGGUGGUGCUUGCCAUCAGUGUGCCUGUGUCAUCCUGCUCUGUGCUGCUGACAGUGUGCUGCAUGAGAAAGAAGAAGAAGUCAACCAGCCAUGAGAACAACCUGAGCUACUGGAACAACACCAUCACCAUGGACUACUUCAAUCGCCAUGCUGUGGAACUCCCUCGUGAGAUACUGCCACUGGAAACUGUUGAUGAGCGAGAGACAUGCCUACCCCCUAAUGGUGACUACAGCGACAGUGGUGUUGUGCUGGUUAACCCUUUCUGCCAAGAGACUCUCUUCAUCAACAGAGACAAGGCUUCUGACAUCUGAGCAUGUCACAUCAAAGCUUGUCUGUUUCUAUUUUCUUUCUCAAAUGUUUUUUUUUAUUAUAAUUUGGUGAUUCUUCUGAGACUGAGCUUUAUAAUAUAUAUAUAUAUAUAUAUAUAUAUAUAUAUAUAUAUAUAUAUAUAUAUAUAUAUAUACACACACACAUACACACACACACACACACAUAUAAAAGAUAUAUAGAUGAGUUUAAAUAGACAAAUGAAUGAAUUAAGAGCACUCUUGCUGUAAGGGUAAGCCCCCUUGCAUAUUUUUUCCUGAUGUACAUUUUCUACAGAUGCUUAAUUGUGAUAAGGGUUUUUAUGUCUUUUUGGAUAAAAGCAGUGUGUGUGUGGUUUCUGUGGUGUUCAAGUGGCUUGGAAUAUAAAGCAAUGCAAUGUAUGCUGUAAAGAUGUGUGUGAUCUUACCCAAAACACUUAAAAACUUAAAAGCCUGAUGAACUUGAAUUGCCUGUGUGUGUGGGGCUGAAAAAGCAGAUGGCAUGUGCCUGGGUUCAAGGAGGUACCUAAACCCUGUGUUAUUGUUAUCACUGGAAGAGUUGUAGUAGUUUGGUCGGUCAUGAGAUUGAGGAAAUUUUGAGUUUUUGCCCUUAUAAGUCACCAGCGCAGGGACUAUUCAAAAAGUCUGUAGUCCCGUUGUAGACAGCACUGUGUUUCUGUGUCCAGUUGCAUGUCACAUCUCUGGUUUCUCACAGGUUUAUACAUCGGGGGGUGUGUGUGUGUGUGUGUGUGUGUGUGUGUGUGUGUGUGUGUGUGUGUGUGUGUGUGUGUGUGUGUGUGUGUGUGUGUGUGUGUGUGUGUGUGUGUGUGUGUGUGUGUGUGUGUGUGUGUGUGUGUGUGUGUGCGCAUGAUAGAUUAGGGAUCAUAUUAUAUGUUACAGAGCAUCUCUUAAUUAAACAUGGACAGCAGUGUUCGAAAUUGUUCCUACAAAUCUCAUAUUUUUAAAACGUGAUAAUAUUAGCCUGCUUCGUUAAGCUUAGCUGUGUUGGGCAAUUUUGUAUCCUACCAUACUUAAUGUAUUCUGUUGAGCCAUUAAACAUUCAAUUUAAACAUUAAUUAUUUUUAUAUACUUGUUUGGCACUUUUAUUAGUUCAAAAAGUGGUGGUAGAUGUGUCUCAGAUCCCUCAUGACAGUAAGCAGUUGUUUUUAAAAGGAUGAGAAAGCUUCAUAGUGUGUGAAAGGAAGAAGUCCUUUUGUCUGUUUGUGUAUGUCUUUCUGCCUUUAAAAUUGUUUUAUUGUGAGCAUUGAGGUUUGUCCAAUCUUGAGCUGCAUUGUUUUAUGCUGAAAGAAUAAGACCAAAAGUUGUCAUUCUGUAGUUCUCCUCUGGUGUUUAUUGCUGUAUUGUACAGGUUUUUGGAUGAUUAUGAGUAUAAAACACUGGAUGUAAUAGAGUAAAAUUAUUAGAAUAAGUGAUCAAAUCAGAGAAAAUAUUUUAUACUACAGUAUUUUACUUUGAGCAUAUGUUUGAAAAUAUUGUUAUUUGGUCAGUCUUUCAGUAAAUGUAACACAUAUUGAGUCAGCUCAGUAACAGUUUCUGUUGUAAUGUACUCAUUUUUAUUGCCUGUGUUUAUCUUUUUUUUUUCUUCUUUUUUUUUUUAAAUCUUUUAUCAUCCUGUUAUUUGUAUUUUACAUUUAGGAAGGAUAUGUAGGAGGGAUAUUGGGUUUAUUGCUGACUGCUUUAAAGCGUUAUUAGAAGAGGGAAUCAUAUUUUCAACUUAUUUUGUAUUGUAGCACAUACACUGUACUUUUUACUGCUGAGCAAUAAAAGGAAAAAUGGUU